GUCACCCACUAUGGCUGGAGGCCUGUUUGCCAUGGAUCGCGAGUACUUCAAUGAGCUCGGGCAGUAUGACAGUGGCAUGGACAUCUGGGGAGGAGAAAACCUGGAAAUAUCCUUUCGGAUCUGGAUGUGUGGUGGCAGACUGCUGAUCAUCCCCUGCUCCAGGGUGGGACACAUUUUCCGUAAGAGGCGUCCCUAUGGCUCACCAGGGGGACAGGAUACGAUGGCUCAUAACUCCCUGCGGCUGGCACAUGUGUGGAUGGAUGAAUAUAAGGAGCAGUAUUUUGCUUUGAGACCUGAACUGAGGAUGAGGAGCUAUGGAAAUAUUACCGACCGUGUAGAAUUAAGAAAAAGAUUGAAUUGCAAGUCAUUUAAGUGGUAUUUAGAUAAUAUCUAUCCUGAGAUGCAAAUAUCCGGGUCCAAUGCCAAAGCUCCACAGCCAGUUUUUAUUAACAGAGCACAGAAACGACCAAAAAUAAUCCAGCGUGGAAGGCUCUAUCACCUUCAAACCAACAAAUGUCUGGUCGCUCAGGGCCACCCAAGUCAGAAAGGAGGCCUGGUAGUGGUUCGGGACUGCGACUACAGCGAUCAAAACCAGGUCUGGAUUUACAAUGAGGAUCAUGAGCUGAUUUUAAACAAUCUGCUGUGCUUGGACGUUUUGGAAACUCGCUCGUCUGAUCCCCCUCGUCUGAUGAAAUGCCAUGGAUCUGGUGGCUCGCAGCAGUGGACAUUUGGGAAAAGCAACCGCCUGUACCAGGUCUCCGUGGGGCAGUGCCUGAAGGUGGUGGAUCCACUGAGCCACAAAGGGUAUGUGACCAUGGCCAUCUGUGAUGGGUCCCUUCCUCAGCAGUGGCAUUUUGAGAGCUGAGACAGUGAGGAUGUGGCUGAGAAGAGUUAAGCCAAGACCUGAUUCCCCUUCAGCCAUGAUCUGAAGUCAUUCUGGAGGCUUUGUGCGGAGCCCUUGG